UAAAGGAAAGAGAAAAAUGACACUGAAAACAACAGAAACAAGGUAAAAAGUUACUUGGGCAUGGCUACGAUAAUUUUCAUACUCAUAAGUUUAUGGUACUUAGAGAAAGCAAUUUCUUUCAGUACAAACAGAAGGUACCACUGAUAAUAUCUGGUAGUGGCAUGUUUGGGAAGGAUUAUGUGAAGAUAAAAACGGUCCAGACUGGUGUCACUGGUCUUCUAUACAGAACGUUGAAAAAAAGAAAGAGGACUGGUGACUUACUCGCUGUGGACAUUGAUGAAUAUUUGAUGUCCCAAAUAUGUUUUAAAUGUGAAAGUAGGACUUUGGGUGGUAUUAGUGAUGCCCACAGUAGUAGCGUUCUCGUUUGCAAGACGUACAGAACAUUAUGGCAGCGUGA